AUGCCGCGGGCUGAGCGCCGGGAGCUGCCGCCGGCAGCCCCGCAGCACGGCCCAAACCGAGUCUCUCGUUCGCGCCUCCGAGUCUCGCUGCCGCGCUCGACCGGAGUCCGGGCACGAGUGAUGCCGGGCUCUGCCGCGCCCCGGGUUCUGCAGGGCGGCUCCGUCUCCUCCUCAGAUCCCGCUGUCAUGGAAAAUCCCCCCCAGAGCCCUAAUGGGAGCCUGAAGUCCCCCCCGUCCAAGGAGCUGCUGACCAGCAACACGGCCAGCACGCUGUGCAUCAGCUCCCGCAGCGAGUCUGUCUGGACCAAUACCUCCAGGAGCAAGUGGGACAUCUACCACAAGCCCAUCAUCGUCAUGUCCGUCGGAGCUGCCAUCUUCCUCUUCGGAACAGUCAUUACCACCUUGUCGUGCUUUGAAAUCAAGAACAAGAAUGUGUACAAAAUGUGCGGCCCUGCGUUCCUGUCCAUGGGACUGAUGCUCCUUGUCUGUGGCCUCGUCUGGAUCCCCAUCAUCCGCAAGAAGCAGAAGCAGAGGCAGAAGUCACACUUCCUGCAGAGCCUCAGGUCCUUCUUCUUCAACCGCUGAGCACCUCCCAGGAAGGCCCCCACCCCACUCGUCAUGUUAGCCAUAAAAAGAAGCGUUCUCGUGUACUCUCCUAGAGGAAUUCAUCCCAGUCCCUUCCCUAUAAGACAGAACAUGCUGUACCAUCCCCAGCAUGAAAGUGAACUUCAUAUUUUGCCCAGGGAAUCUCAGAAAAAAAGAGAUCAGGACUUGAUGGUGAACCCAGUGCCCCGCAUCACCUCACCAUGCAAUGGCCAACCCAACACAUGCUGUGCAAUGGCCAACCCCACAUGUGCCAUGCAAUGGCCAAACCAACACAUGAAGGGGAAAGCAGAGCUUCUGGCAGCCUCCGUCAGCAGCUUUUGUAGGGCACAGCAGUGGAGAAGAGCCAACCUACCACGGUGUGGGUAAAGCUGCUGUGAGCACUGGACUUCACGUCUGGAAAAUGGGAUGUCCAAGGAGGCAUCUCCAGAGUUACAGAGAGGGGCAGCAGGACAGAGUGGUCCCAGAUCCCUUCACAGCAGAGACCACCAGGAUGGGCAACACAUGUCACCAAAGCUUGGGAAGAUCGGACAUGGGGCCCAUGGCUGGGAAUUCCUCAGCGCAGAUCUGCUAUGGCAGCUGAGCAGAAUGGCUGUGGGCCGGAGCUCACUCUGUGCUCAGGGUGCAGCACUCACACAGCUUCGCCUGAAAUGAAAAUUCCCAGUCUAAAAAACCACUCUGUCUGGACAACAAAACCUGGGUUAACAUAAUUGGGUGCAUGAUAUUCUGCCUCUAAUUCUGAGUGGGACUCUGACUUUUCAGAUCCAGCUCACCUCCUACAGCAUCCCACCUGGGAAGACCUCAGCCCAGCGAGCUGUGGCUGAGUGCCUGGAGCCCCAUGCAGGUGAGAACCCAGCUCCAGGGCUGGGCAGGACACGGUUUGAUGCUGAUCAGAGGCAGAAAAGGGGCACAGGAGAGGAGACCCCACCUGCACCUCCACGCAGCAUUUCCACCCCCUCCCAUGGAUCACUCCCUUAAAGCAGUGGGACAUUCCUGGGAAUGAAGACAGGUUGGUAAAGGUGUACAGCAGCUCUGCAACACCCUGCUCUGCAUUUGGACAGUGGACAUCAGCACAGAACAACUUCCUGUUGAUUUGGAUGCCACAUCCCUCAGGAACUGCCACCACAGACAUGCUGGGAGCUCCGGAUAACACCAGAAGACCCACUGAAAGCAGAGAUUGGUCUGCAGAUAUGGCCCAAAGAGCCCACAGCUCAAAGACUCAUGAUGCUCCCCCUGGGAUGGGAGUAAGGUUGGCAGUAUGUUGGCUCCCCUGUAUGAUGGGGAGCAGCAGAGGCAGCUUCUGGGCUGCAGCUAGCACGAGAUGCACGUGCUCGAGGAACACAUCCUGCUGACCCAGCUUGGCUCUGCCCCGAGUUGUGUUCCCAUGCAGUGCACACGUGCCCCCCGCUGGUGCCAGUUGGUGAACGGAGUGUUGGAGGUGCGUGGUCUGGCAGCAGACCCAGCAAACCUCCUCCUGCUCCUCAGUCAUUCAUCCCUCUGAGCUGUGCUCUGCUGUUAUUUUCGGUGCUGGCUUGGCACCACGCUAGUUCUCUAUUGAUUCAGCUGCAGUGGGCACAGGCUCACCCCAAGCUUCUGCCCAAGGAUGAACUGCAGCCAGAAAAGCAGGUGAGCAGCAGGGCUGUCAUGGAAGAAAUCACAGAGCAUUAUGAGGGACGGGGACACAGAGUGGGGUCCUGUACUGCACAUCUUGUAACCAAGGAGACAACUGGUGAAAUAUCAAUGGGAUAAGGAGUCACUGAGAUCAGAAAUGUAACAGGAUUCCAUGCUGG